AUCAUCUCAGCAGAGUCAAUGAUUAGAUGUUUCCUGCGUGCAGUGGCUCUUAUCAGAUGCUCUGCACUGAAAUCAGCGGAUCCCUGGACAUCAUGACAGUGUUAAAGACUGAAACUGCUGCUUUGGCUGGAAUGAGUGAAAACUUGUGGUUGGAAAAAGCAUGUGCUCACCUUAUUCCUGCUUUACCAUUAUGGAUCAUUGAAUAUGCAUGGACUAAACGGAUGAUGGAGGUCUUAGAAGCUCUAGGACCCCCAUUAUGGCUUGAAGGUGACUGGCAUCUUCUGACCAUUGAAGAGCAUUGCAGAAUCCGAGUGGGAGCAGCAGAGGUCUGGAGGAUCGUGCAAGCCAGAGACAUCAAGCACUUUGACAGAGUCACUGAGUUUUUGGAUGUUACGUACACACUUGUGCCAAGACUAGUGACCCCCAUCAAACACAUGAAGAUCAUGUUUGGUCUGCAGACUCUGGUUAUCAUGUGGAUGUUGUGGAAUGACCAGAGCACUGCUAAAAUCUCUGACAAGAUUGAACACUUUUUCCCUGAAAGCCUUCCGGAUUAUCACAAAUGUAGCCGCAGGAACAUGGAUCUCAUGCAGAAAAACCAGGAAGAUUUCAAGGCCUUUGCUCAUGUUCUGGCCAGAGACAGGGAUGUACGUGAGACUUACAUUCGGGAUUUAAUGGAGGAGCAAUAUGGUGAACGCUAUGCACAGAAACUGGAGGAGAGACUUGUACACUAUUUGGAAGAGCUAAAUAAAGUCCUGCCACAACCAACAUAUAUUGAACAGGUACUGAAGCAGUCCCAUUCAUAUGGGACAGGAGAGAAGAUCCUAAAAAAAAUACUUUCAAGGGAUAGUGCAUCUCUAGCCACAGUUCUGAAGAGACUCUUGCAUUGCGCUGUAGCAACAAAUCAGAGCCUUGACGACAGUCUCUCACCAUCACUUUCAAACACCUGUGAGGUACAAAGGGACGCUGAAGUUGUUAAAGCAUCCAAUGGCACCCAAAGGUCAUCUCAGAACAACACAAAGGAGAAUCGACUCUCACAAACCAGCGAAAAAGAACCGCUUGGUUCUCAGGGCUUGUGGCAGAAAAGAAACACAGAAACUGCUUCACCUCGGGAGAAGAUUUGUGGUGAUGGAGUAAUUGUUACGUCCACGCAGUUGUCAGAUUCUGAAACAGAUCAGAUUGACUUCAGCCAGUCUCUUCUGGUUGGGACACACAGACAGAAGAAAACUCAAUCUGAACCAGAACAGAAGGAAAGUGAGACUGCCUUUCCAGAGCAGGUCUGCUCCAGACAUGGCAAAAAAAUGAGGAGCAUCCUUCAGGAAUGUUCUGAAGAGCUUGAUGGAGGAGUCGUACAAGCAGAAUGCACCCCGACAUCAAGCCAGAGCACUCCACCUCUUCUCCCGUACACACCACAACCUCAAGCAUCUCCAAACCAGCACUCGUUGUCCUCUGACCCAGAUUCAUCCACUACAAACAUUUCACUGUCCUUCAUCAGGCAGGUCAGUCUUUCACCAGUGUCUUCAAAGAGUCCUGUUGCUCCUUCACCUUCAGUUCUCCAGCAGACCUCAGCCUCAAAGCAACUUGCAGGACAGAUUUUAGCUACCGUUUUCUUCACCGAACCAAGCAGAACUGAUGAACACAAUCUGAAACUGUCCUUAGAGAGUCAAACCUUCCUAAUGCAGUCCAAGUGGCUUCAACCUCAAGUGUGCCUUACUAGACUAAGCAAGGAAGAAUGUGCCAGAGCCAUGGAUUCAUACAGAGCCCGUGACAUUUUAGAAGGAGAGCAAGAACCUGAAGAUGAUCAUCAAUACAUGUUAUUUGAUGUAAAUACAUUGUAUUCUGAUUCAUACUCCGAAGACUCAACAGACUCUGAUGACCCUGAUUACAAGCCUGACUCGAGGAAAUCAAAAAGAAAGUCCCGGUGAAUGUAGUCUUCAUCAUGUUUUACAGAUGACACAGAUUUUAGCAUUUUGCUUUGGAUGUUUGAAUUAACUCGCAUUAGGGUUGAGAAAAUAUGCAGCUUUUUUACAUUAUUUUACCUCAUCGGUUUCCUUCAUGGAGGUCAGAUGAUUAAAGCUCUUGAUGGUCAGCAAAUCAGUCUUUCACCAGUGUCCUCAAAGAAACCAGUUACCCCUUAAUCUUCAGUUCACCAACAGUUCUCCUCACAAUUUCAGUCCAUUGUCUCAAAGCAACUUGACAUUUAAAGAAUCAACACAGGGCAGAUUUGAGCUACCAUUGUCUUCACAGAACCAGAGAACACAAUCUGAGACUAUACUCAAAAGCUUCCUUAUGCAAUCCAAGUGGCUUCAACCUCAACCAUGCCUUCACAGAUUGAGCAAGGAAGAAUGUGUAAGAGCCAUGGAUUCAUACAGAGCCUGUGACAAUUUAGAAGAAGCUUUUCACCUUAUUUUACCUCGUCAUUUACCUCACGGUAGUUUUUCACCAGUGUCCUCAAAGGAACCAGUUGCUCCUUCACCUUGAGUCCACCAAUAGUUCUCCUCAUCAUCUCAAUCCACAGCCUCAAAACAACUAGUCACUCCAGGAAUCAGUGCAGGAUGGAUUUUAUCCACUAUUGUCUCCACCCAACCAAGCUGAACCAAUGAACACAAUCUGAAACCGUCCUAGAGAGUCAAAGCUUCCUCAUGAAGUCCAUGUGGCUUCAACAGUCUAAGCAUAUUUUCUGUAUUUUAGGACAACAAUAGCCUGAAGAUUAUCAAUACAUGUUAUAUGAUGUAAAUGCACUGUAUUCUGAUUUAUACUCAGAAUAUUCAUGACUUGAUUACAAGCCUAACGGAGACUAACUCAGGUGCCAGUGAACAUGGUCUGCAACAUAUUUUAGAUGCAUAGCUACUCUAACAUUGAGUUUGGCCCUUUACUUAGGAUGUUUGAAUGAACUCACAUUAGGGUUGGGAAGCUAUGCAACUUGUUACCUCAUCGUUUACCUCAUAAAGGUCAAAAUGCUUGCCUUAAACCUCAUGAAGGUCAAUGACAAAAUAUUUGUGUCCAGUAUGUCUUUUGUAAUCAGUCAUUUUAGACUCCUGUUGCCCUGGAUGUCCUAUGAAGUAUGAGUAUAUAACUCUAAAAAACAUGGUUUCCAAUGUGGAACACUGUUUGCUGUUGGUUGAGUGACGCGUAUGCUGGGUCAGGGGUUUCGCUGGGUCUUUUUUGACUGUUUUUUGCCUAUAAGGUUGUGUUGUUCCUACUGAAUAGCAGGUCUGAAGUGUUUUAAGGUUGGUCUUAACUUCACUAAUUCAGUGUUAUGUGUGUACGUGCUGGUUUCUUAAAUGGGUGGUUAUGCCAAGUACAAAAAAACAAACAUGAAAGAGGGUUGUGGGUUUAAAGUUCUGACUUUUAUUUACCUGACUUGAGUGUAAAUUUGACUUGAUGUUAUUGCAAACUAAUUUGUCAAUAUUGCAUCAGAUAUAGUGCACUCAUUCAUGCGUGCUGUCAGGUAGAAAAAAAAUGGAAUCUAAUGUCUGUAGGUGUUUUGGAUAAUGACGAUUGUUUGAGCUUGAAAGAGUUACAUAAUCCAAGUGACAGCAUUUUUUUUUUCUAAUUUAUUUUUAAGCCAUUUGACUUUUAUUAAAGCAGUAAUUCACC